AUUUCCCCUUCUGGUUAAGUAUUAGAGUAAUAGAUCCCUUCUACUUGUAGACAUCACCGCGUGGACCCUUUAUCAAAUAUAGUAAGACCACCUGUAUUCAAUUCCCACUCAUAGAUAGGCAAAAGGACCCCACCCCCCCUACUGCCCACAAAAAAGAGUUACAAAUUUACAAAAAAAGAGAAAGACAACCAGAGAGGAAUAUAAAGAUGCCAAUUGAUCCGCUUGUUAAAGGAGCAUUGGACCUCGAUCCAUGGUUAGAACCAUAUGAAGGUGCCUUGGUACAUCGUCAGAAACACGCAGCUCUGUUGUUGGCCUCCUUGAAGGAUUCCAAUCAAACCCUCGCCGAGUUUGCUUCGAGUUAUAAGAAGUAUGGGAUCCAUGCUGAUUGGAAAACACAUGAGAUAUCCGUUGCUGAGUACAUCCCCGAUGUGACUUCCGUGUCAUUGAUUGGUGAGUUCAAUGGAUGGGAUAGGAAUGCCACUCCAUUGGUGAAGUCUGAUGGAUUUGGGCUCUGGACUACCACAAUCCCUGCCAUCAAUAACGGCAAGGAUUUCACCAUCCCACAUGAUUCCAAAAUCAAACUUGCCAUCACAUUACCCCUGGGAGAAGUUGUGUACCGAUUGAGUCCAUGGGCAACAAGGGCAACACAGCCAGAACCAGAGGUUGAUGGGAGUGUCAAGAGUCAUGUUUACGACUCGCGGUUUUGGAACCCACAACCAGAAGAUACAUACAAGUUCAAAAACAGUAGACCAGUGUUGCCAGAAACAGACGGGAUCAAGAUCUACGAGGCCCAUGUCGGUAUUUCCACCCCAGAACCAACCAUUGGUACUUACAAGAAUUUCACUAAAAAGAUUUUACCCUUGAUCCACCAAUUGGGGUACAACACCAUUCAAUUGAUGGCAGUUAUGGAACAUGCAUACUAUGCUUCCUUUGGAUACCAAAUCACCAAUUUUUUCGCCAUUUCGUCUCGUUAUGGGACCCCAGAAGAUCUUAAGGAGUUGGUUGAUGAAGCUCAUGGCUUGGGGAUUAGAGUCUUGUUGGACGUGGUUCAUUCCCAUGCGUCCAAGAAUGUUGAAGAUGGGCUCAAUAUGUUCAAUGGAACUGACCAUUACCUUUUCCAUGGAGGUGCCAAGGGAAACCAUGACCUUUGGGAUUCUCGUCUUUUCAAUUAUUCCAAUUAUGAAACCUUGAGAUUUCUUCUCUCUAAUUUGAAAUUUUAUACUGACGUUUAUCAAUUUGAUGGCUUUAGAUUUGAUGGGGUCACCAGUAUGUUGUACAAGCACCAUGGGUUAAGUUUUGGAUUCAGUGGGAAUUAUAACGAGUACUUUAGUGACGAUUAUGUUGAUAAUGACGCCAUUGCAUAUUUGAUUCUUGCUCAUACUUUAAUGGAUGAGCUAGCCACCAAGGAACCUUCGGGAUUUAAAUUCAUUUCCAUUGCAGAAGAUGUCAGUGGGAUGCCCACUUUAUGUCUCCCAACAACCGAUGGAGGGGUUGGAUUUAAUUACAGACUCUCAAUGGCUAUUCCAGAUAUGUGGAUCAAGAUCAUUAAACAUUUACAAGAUGAAGAUUGGGAUAUGGGUGCAAUUGUCCAUACAUUGACCAACCGUCGUCAUGGAGAAAAGUGUAUUGCCUACUGUGAAUCGCACGAUCAAGCACUUGUUGGUGAUAAGACCAUUGCCUUUUGGUUAAUGGAUAAAGAGAUGUACACACACAUGUCAGUAUUGACUGAACUCACCCCUGUAGUCGACAGAGGACUUUCCUUACAUAAGCUUAUUCGUUUGAUCACUUUCUCCUUGGGAGGUGAAGGAUAUCUUAAUUUUGAAGGGAAUGAAUUUGGUCAUCCAGAAUGGUUAGAUUUCCCAAGAGUUGGGAAUGGAGAAAGUUACAAUUAUGCUAGAAGACAAUUCAAUUUAAUUGAAGAUCCUCUUUUGAGAUACAAGUUCCUUUUUGACUUUGAUAGUGCCAUGCAACACUUGGAUACAAAGUAUGGGAUUUUGGACUCUCAUCAAGCGUACGUUUCUCUUAAACACCAGGGUGAUAAGGUUAUUGUAUUUGAACGGAAUGGAUUAUUAUUUAUCUUCAAUUUCCAUGCUACAAAGUCUUAUGCUGACUACAAGUUGGGGGUACAAAUUCCCGGGAUCUACCAAGUAGUCUUGAAUUCAGAUAGAGCAUGCUUUGGAGGACAUGACAGAAUUGAAGAGAUUAACCCCAAGACUGGCAAACCUUUGGAAUUUUGGACAAAGGAUGAACCUUGGAAUGAUAGAGAUAACUCUCUUUUAGUUUAUAUUCCCACCAGAACUGCAUUAGUUUUGCAACUUAAGGACAAAAUUAUCGAAUAAUUGUCAAAAGCGUUUUCAUUUCUUUUAGUAUAUAUACUUUUUAUAUAAUCAUACAUAAUUUUGAUAUAAA